ACAACCAUCAUCACCAAACACAACACACUCUUUCAUUGCUAUUAUAUUAUCAAACAACAAACACUUGUCGUUAUAUUAUGGCCAACUUCAGUGUCAGAAACAGCAGCAGCAGCAGCAGCAAAAAGAAGAGCGUAGUAGGAGGCAUUGUGAAGUUCAAAUUCGUCGUUGAGAAGCUCCAAAAGAGACUCCUAAUGGGGAGAAACAAAGAAGGGUGUGAUUCUUCUUUAAACUCAAGCUAUGUGCCAGAGGACGUGAAGGAAGGACACUUCGCAGUGAUUGCGGAGGGUGGAGAGGAACAAAAGAGGUUCGUGCUGCCACUAAGCUGUUUAACCAACCCAACGUUUUUGAAGCUAUUGGAGCAAGCUGAAGAAGAGUAUGGCUUUGAUCAUGGAGGUGCAGUAACCAUUCCUUGCAGGCCUUGUGAACUUGAGAGUAUACUUGCUCACCAAUGGCAUACCCAAACUACUACUACUGGACCAAGGUGGACUUGUAGAAAAUCCAUGGUAUUUUGAAAAAAAAUUGUUUUUGAGAAAUUAAUAAUGUAGUAGCUACUGGAAUUUUUAGUUAACUUUCUCUUCUGAACCUCUAGUCAAAUUAUUUUUUGACUGUCUAAUUAAUUCUUCCACCAAGAACUAAUAAAAAGUUCCAGCUUUGAGAUUACUCUCA